AUUAGGAGGUGUAGUCAUUCUAAUUAUUGGGGGUUGUUGGUUGGGUUGACCAACCCCACAUUUGGGUUGGUCAAGAUUGGAUUUGGUCCUAGACAUUUGGUUGGCACUAUUCCAACCAAAUGGAGGUAGACCCAGCCUUCCUAGCCUCCAUCAGCGCCACACCUGCCUCAGCUGCUGCUCCGGGCGCUGGUACCAGCCUUCCCGGACCUACCUCUUUGGUUCGGCAGCCCACCGAUGCAGACUACCAGAUCCGGCUUGGUGUGGAGCGUGUUCGGGCAGCCGAAAUACUUUUCGAGCCGUCUCUGAUUGGGCUGGACCGGGCAGGCUUGGGCGAAUCUUUGGGUGCAGCAGUGAGGAGAACACCGGAGGAGCUAAGAAGCAGAUUGGUUCCGUUGUAUUCUAGAACGAGGGGUAGCAGUGCCAGGGACUUCGCCGAUGGUGGCUCGGGCACCGGAAAUGUUUUGCCAAGCAUUCUUUUCCUGACCGGAGGAGAUACCUUGCUGCCUGGAAUGACGGGCAGGCUGGAGGCGGAGUACCGGCAGGUGCUGCCUCUGGGCAGUGAGAUAAAGAUUGUGGAGGCACGGGAUGUUUUUUGGGACGCUUGGAGGGGGGCGGCAGCCAUGGCAGGGGAUGGGAGGAGGCUGCUGCGGCAGGCUGUGAGUAGGAAGGAGUAUGAGGAGCGCGGAGCGGAUGCAUUUCGACGAUACAAGUUUGAGUACUUCUGAAGUGAUUUUCGGGCAUUGUAAAAAAAUGACCCCAGUCAAGUAUGAGGAGCACGGAGCGGAUGCGUUUCGGCAAUACAAGUUCGAUUCGAGCACUUCUGAAGUGCAGUUGAGUUGCGAGCAGCACGAGCUGGUUUGGAAUCAAGGUGUUGGGGGGGCUUGGCUUGUUGCAUACUGGUAGAUUUCUCGGAGUUGAGGUUUGCGAUCAUCGCGUUAUCCAGUAGUGUAAAGUUUGUUUCCCUUUGUAAUUGGUUGCAUGAACACUGAUUGUGCUACCUCUUCAUUACUGCCAAUCAAUACUUGUUAAUGGUGCCUUGAAUUGUAAAUUCUGUCAAAU